AUGCAUGAUCUGUGUCAAGUGUCUCUCGACGCGAUGCAGCUCCGUGCUUUUGUGAUUUUACCGUGUGCUGUCUUCCUCGCACUCCUGUGCCUGAGUUACGUGCAGGCCCAGUCCACGCGGUCGAAGGAGGACCUGACGAACGAAUGCUACCACAACUGGACCGUCCGGGACAGAUUCCGGCGGUUGCCGAUGACCAUGGACAACCUCAUCGGCCUCAUCAAGAAGGUGGAACAGCAUCCGACGGCCUACAAUUGGGACGUGCAGACUAUGGCAGCCAACCUGCUCAAAAGGUUUAAAAUUGACGGGAUGCAGUUCUUGCCCCUAAGCAUAGGAGGAAGACUUCAGAUGGACGCAAUGGAGAAGAGGAAGCAGGAACUUCUCUGGAAGAUCACCAACAUCGGGAGAGCCGAGGACUUCCCCGAAGACUCGCUCACCGUCGAAGAAAAGUGUUCGCUGCAUUGGAUGCUGUCGUACAGUCUGAACGACACGAGGCGAUCGGAGGAGGGCGGGGGAUUCAACUAUCCCCCCCCGAGCAACAACAACAACAACAACAACAACAACAACAACAUGGCCGGUCAGAUCCCCAGCAGGCCGCGAGUCAGACGAGAGGCAUUGGAACGCAGCGAGCGCCAGGCGUCAGGUCGACAGGGCAUUCUAGACUACGAGAAGAGCCUCCACCCGCUGGAAAAAGGCGUGGUCUACUCGGAGUACGGGACGGUGGCCGCGGGGCAGGUCCUCAUGGGUCUUGCCUUCGGCAGCGCCGCCAUGCAGAUCCGACUGGCUGAUCUCUUCCGCGACAAGCCUGAUGUCGUCACCUUCAUCGGUCGCGAUUCCAUGCUGAGCAGUGCCGUCAUCACGAACUACUACGCUGCCACCGUCGCAGGUGACUUGGCGCAGUCGGCCGUAUACGGGACGACAUCCUCGCUGUCCGGCUCGCAAGGUCUGAUCGGUCCAUCGGGCACCUGGACCUCCUACACGCAGAUGGGAGGUUACCAGCCGAUGACGGGGACCUCCAAUUCCAUGAUCUACCCGACGGAGUACCCCCUGACAUACGAAAGGGAACGCGUCUCUUAUGCCACCAACGCCGAGGUCUACGGAGGAAUCGACGGUAAGCGGCUCGGGCGUUCCUCGUCUUCGCGUUUCUUCCCUUUUUGCCCGCGAACGGGUCAGAUCGGAACCGUCGAGGCCCUUCAAAGCUGCAACAAAUUCGCGAAAAAUAUCCUCUCCCUAGGUCUCCUGUUGGCCAGAAAGGUCAUGGAUUGGAAGAGCAGCGCCAUCAAGCUCUCCCACAUCCUGGAGAUGUACUACUCCGACCGGGGGGUCAGCCUGGCCGGUGAACUGAACCGCGUCUUCGGCGCUUGCAACCGAUUCGAACUCGUCAAGGACGAGUCCUUGGUCCCAAGCACGGAUAUGGAUCUUCAGCCAUACCAGGACGAACUCCACAGAGGCAAUUUCGUCGACUUCAAUCCUGAAGACAGGUUUCACUUCCAGCCUAUACUUCUUCAUUCCGCACAACUGUUCUACUUCCACUUUCAGUUCGGAGCAUUUCUCCGGCUUCUCCCUGGUCUUCUCUUGGAGGUUGUUAUCGGCUGGGAUGCUCACAUCUACGAGGAGGGCGGUCUUCUUCUCCUUGUAGAUCGUGAGGUUCGAGCCAUGGCCUACGCUCUCACCCUGGACGAAUAUGGAACCCACUCUCCCUUUCCGGGUCCUUUCACAAGCAGCAUCGACUCGCAAGUCCAGAGUGUUCUUCAGCAGUACCAGAGCAUUCUCGGAGGUGGCGGAUACACGUGCAAGAACUUGGACCAACACCUACCUGCUCCCAACGUGGACCUAUACGUGAUUUUCGACUUGGAGGGCAACGAAUACGACGUCCAGGAGGCCAAGGAAGUCGUCGUCGACCUGGUGAACCGGCUCGACCUGGACCCCGCGGGGACGUGCAGGGUCGCCCUCAACUUCUCCAGCAACACCCAGGGCAACUGGACCGCCCUCGUGGACAUGGGACAGGAGUUCAACCAGGGCAGCUUCGCCUUCAAGCUCCUCAAGACCGACUUCAGAUUCUUCAGCAGCGAUUUCGACCUCGGGGAGGCCAUGAACCAGCUCCGCCGACAGUUCAACCAGGAACGGAAAUACGAGCGGGACAAGAACAUCGCCGGGACGAACACCAAGGUCGUCCUCUUUGUCGUGCCGAGCAACAGGCCCGAGUCCAGGUUCCUCACCGCGGAGGAGCUCGAGCGGCGGGUGCAGGACUUCGCCAAUGACUUGCCGGACGUCCGCGUGAUCUUCGCGACGAAGGCGUCCGAGUGGGACCGGUUCGUGAAGAAGCCGACGUACCGCGUCGUCCGGCUCUCGAACGGGGCGGGGGAGACGCUCUACAGGGACGUCAUCAGCAUAACUCCGUCUCGACUGCUCCAUCCCAAGUGCCUCCAAGAGAGCAGUGACGAGAACAACAACAAAUACGAGGGCCGCCUCGUCCCAAAGACCACGAAGUACAUGAUGUACGACGACUACUGGUUCGACCGCAGCGGGGACCUCAUUUUGAAGGUGAAGUCGGACGACUCGAGCGUGAACCUCGAAGUCUGCUGGGGUCGCUACCAGCGCAACUCGGACCAGCUGCAGCCGAGGUCGGACGAGUGCAAGACCACGGCCGAGUUCCAGGGGCGGGAGGUCGUCAUCGACCUCAACGACCCCUGCGGCGACGACAACAACUGCGACCCCAUCUUCCUCUCGGUCAAGGUCCCAUUCACCAUCCGGCACCACGGGAUGCGCUGCGGCGCGGCCACCUUCGGCCUGUCCGCCCUCCUCCUCCUCCUCUGCCUCCUCGUCGCCCGCCAGUGA